AUGGAAGUUUUGUCGGUGGAGUUAAAUGAUUUACCUGAUGAGAUUCUUCUUCUUAUUUUUAAAAAAUUGGACAAUGCUGAACUACUGUACUCAUUCAUAGAUGUUAAUAAACGAUUUAAUAAACUUGUACGUGAUUCAAUUUUUACAAAUCGUUUAACAAUGACAAAAUAUUAUUUUUAUGGUGGUCCAUUUCCUCAACCAAAUAAUCCAAUACUUGAUCGAUAUUGUUCAGAAGUUUUACCUUCGAUUCAUGAUAAAAUCAAAUGGCUCAAUGUUGAACCAUCAGCGAUGGAACGUAUUCUUCUUUGUACAAAUUAUCCCAAUUUAUAUGGACUUGGUUUAUAUACUAUCAAGAAGGAAACUGCUGUACGUAUCUUUACUGGUAAGAUAUUUUCCUUUGAUUUUUUUUUCUCAAUCAUUAAUAGUUCAAAAAUACAGACAAAUAAUUAAGAU